UCCGUCCAGCUCCGAGCGGCCCCGCGCCCCCGCCGCCCGGCCGGCCCGGCCCGCGGCGCAGAUGGCGGUGCGCGGCGCCGGCACCUUGACGCCCUUCUCCAUCCAGGCGAUCCUCAACAAGAAAGAGGAGCGCGGCGGGCUGCCCGCGCCGGACGGCCGUCCGGCACCCGGGGGCGCAGCCGUGGCCGUGGCCGCGGCGCCCGCGGUCUGCUGCUGGAGGCUCUUUGGGGAGACGGACGCGGGCGCGCUGGGGGGCGCCGAGGACUCUCUGCUGGCGUCGCCCGCCGGGGCCCGGGCGGCCGCGGGGCAGAGCGCGGAGAGCCCGGGCUGGGACUCGGACUCGGCGCCGAGCGAGGACAACGAGGGCGGCCGGCGCUGCGCGCACGCGCCGGGGGCCAGCGGAGCCGGGCGCGCGGGGGGGACCCUGGGCCUCGGCCAGCCGGUCUGCGAGCUGCCCGCCGCCAAGGACCUGGAGGAGGAAGCCGCGGGCCGGAGCGACAGCGAGAUGUCGGCCAGCGUCUCAGGCGACCGCAGUCCGCGCGCCGAGGACGAAGGCGUCGGCCCGGGAGGCGCGCGCGUGUCCGCGCUGGGCAGCGGCGCGGGCGGCAGCGGCAGGCCGGCGGGCGGCGCGGAGGAGGAGGAGCCCGCGGCGCCCAAACCGCGCAAGAAGCGCUCGCGGGCGGCCUUCUCCCACGCGCAGGUGUUCGAGCUCGAGCGCCGCUUCAAUCACCAGCGCUACCUGUCGGGGCCCGAGCGCGCGGACCUGGCCGCGUCGCUGAAGCUGACGGAGACGCAGGUGAAGAUUUGGUUCCAGAACCGGCGCUACAAGACCAAGCGCCGGCAGAUGGCCGCGGACCUGCUGGCCUCGGCUCCCGCCGCCAAGAAGGUGGCGGUGAAGGUGCUGGUGCGCGACGACCAGAGACAGUACCUGCCCGGCGAGGUGCUGCGGCCGCCCUCGCUGCUGCCCCUGCAGCCCUCCUACUACUACCCCUACUACUGCCUCCCGGGCUGGGCACUGUCCACGUGCGCGGCCGCGGCGGGCACCCAGUGAGCCCGCCCGGGCCGAGACAGC